AUGUUCCCUGAGUCGAAGGGCGCACCUCCGGCGAAACCAGCACCGAAGCCUGCGUUUCCAUGGCCAGCGUCGAAGCCAGUAUUACCCGCAGAAAACCCGCCGUCGAAACCAGGAUUACCCGCAGAGAACCCGCCGUCGAAACCAGGAUUACCCGCAGAAAACCCGCCGUCAAAACCAGGAUUACCCGCAGAAAAAACUCCAUCGAAACCAGCAUUACCCGCAGAAAAACCGCCGUCAAAACCAGCAUUAUCUGCAGAAAAACCGCAGUCAGAACCAGCAUUACCCGCAGAAUCCCCGCCAACACCAUUAUUGGAACCAGCAUCUCCAUAG